GUAUCCGCGGGUUCUUCAAUUUGCUUCCUCCCUCAUAUAGGAAAUAAGGUUGGUUAUACUCUAUUUUUCCCCUUAUUGGAAUUCCUUUUAAUGACAUAUGCAUUCUGUUAUCAUUUCCAGUUGGACGACGAUCCAUUAAUCCAAUUUGAGAAAGAAACGAACUCUUUCCAUUUACAAUCCUUUUUUUGGGGUUCCAAACCUUGACUUCUUUAGGGGCUUGGAGUAGAUGAAGCCUUCCUUCUUUCUUCUCGGUCCGCUUUGGCUCCUGAUCUUGAGCUCGCAGUUAUUGGCCUAAGGCUUCUUCUUCGAGUCCUUGCUUUUGAGAGACGAAACUUUAGGCCCUUGCUCUUGGCCUUCCAUCAUGGUCCGCAUAACCAGCCCAUCUUUCUCCAGAGAAGCAACCGC